UCCUGCGAUGCGCCCAGCCGUUGUUUUCCCUUCCUGGAUGAUGAGGUGCGUAAAGAGGCGCCAACGCACCUCACCGCACCGCACCGCACCGCAUCGCACCGCACCGGGCUGAGGAGGUGAAACCACUGACCAGACCAGACAGUCAGCUCCUCUCCAAGAAACCCACGCAGCGUCUCAGAGCCGGAGAGACCAUGAAGGCAAACGGCAGAUUGAGGAGUAAAGAUUCACCUGCAGACGACUGAGUGAAGAGGCAGGAUGGCGGGGGGUCGCAGGGGACUUGUGGCCCCUCAGAAUACUUUUUUGGAGAAUAUUGUCAGACGGUCGAACGAUACAAACUUUGUCUUGGGAAACGCUCAGAUUGUGGACUGGCCCAUCGUCUACAGCAAUGACGGUUUCUGCAAGUUGUCGGGGUACCACAGGGCCGAGGUGAUGCAGAAAAGCAGCACCUGCAGCUUCAUGUACGGGGAGCUCACGGACAAGGACACAACGGAAAAAGUGCGACUGACGUUCGAGAAUUAUGAGAUGAACUCGUUUGAAAUACUGAUGUACAAGAAGAACAGGACGCCUGUUUGGUUUUUUGUGAAGAUUGCUCCUAUUCGAAAUGAACAAGAGAAAGUGGUCCUGUUUCUUUGCACAUUCAGCGACAUCACGGCCUUUAAACAGCCCAUUGAAGACGAUUCUUCCAAAGGUUGGGGAAAGUUUGCCAGACUGACUCGAGCUCUUACAAGCAGUAGAGGCGUCUUACAACAGCUGCAGCCCACAGUUCACAAAGGAGAAAACGUCCACAAACACUCCCGCUUAGCUGAGGUACUGCAGCUCGGCUCAGAUAUCCUACCUCAGUACAAACAGGAGACCCCCAAGACCCCUCCUCACAUCAUCUUGCACUACUGCCUCUUCAAGACCACGUGGGACUGGGUCAUCCUCAUCCUCACCUUCUACACCGCCAUCAUGGUGCCCUACAACGUCUCUUUCAAGACGAAGCAGAACAACGUGACGUGGCUGGUGGUGGACAGCAUCGUGGAUGUCAUCUUCUUGGUGGACAUCGUUUUAAACUUCCACACGACGUUCGUGGGCCCCGCUGGCGAGGUCAUCUCCGACCCCAAAUUGAUUCGAAUGAACUACCUGAAGACCUGGUUUGUUAUCGACCUGCUGUCCUGCCUGCCCUAUGAUGUCAUCAACGCCUUCGAGAAUGUAGAUGAGAAUUGGAACCACCGAGCUGUCACUCAAGGGAUCAGCAGUCUCUUCAGUUCACUCAAGGUGGUCCGGCUCCUCCGUUUGGGUCGGGUCGCCCGUAAACUGGAUCACUACAUCGAGUACGGAGCGGCUGUGCUGGUCCUGCUGGUGUGUGUUUUUGGACUGGCUGCUCACUGGCUGGCUUGCAUUUGGUACAGCAUCGGUGAUUACGAGGUUAUCGAUGAAGAAACCAACAUCGUGCGCAUGGACAGCUGGCUCUACAUCCUGGCUGAGACGGUGGGCACGCCGUACCGCUUCAACGCCAGCGGUUCAGGGAAGUGGGAGGGCGGCCCAAACAAGGACUCUGUCUACAUCACUUCCUUGUACUUCACCAUGACCAGUCUGACGAGCAUCGGCUUUGGAAACAUUGCCCCGACGACAGAUGGAGAGAAAAUCUUUGCCGUGGCCAUGAUGAUGAUUGGAUCUCUUCUGUAUGCCACCAUCUUUGGUAACGUAACAACGAUCUUCCAGCAGAUGUACGCCAACACGAACCGUUACCAUGAGAUGCUGAACAGCGUCCGCGACUUCCUCAAGCUCUACCAGGUGCCCAAGGGCUUGAGCGAAAGAGUCAUGGACUACAUUGCCUCAACCUGGUCCAUGUCACGGGGUAUAGACACUGAAAAGGUGUUGCAGAUUUGUCCCAAGGACAUGAGAGCAGAUAUUUGUGUUCAUCUCAACCGGAAGGUUUUUAAAGAGCACCCGGCUUUCCGACUGGCCAGCGACGGGUGUCUCAGAGCGCUUGCCAUGGAGUUUCAGACCAUCCACUGUGCGCCUGGCGACCUGAUCUACCACGCUGGCGAAAGUGUGGACAGCCUCUGUUUUGUGGUGUCAGGAUCGCUGGAGGUCAUUCAAGAUGAUGAGGUGGUUGCCAUUUUAGGUAAGGGAGAUGUAUUUGGGGAUGUUUUCUGGAAAGAGGUGACUCUUGCUCAAGCCUGCGCCAACGUCCGAGCUCUGACCUACUGCGACCUCCACGUCAUCAAACGCGAUGCUUUGCAGAAGGUGCUGGAGUUCUACACAGCGUUCUCCAACCACUUCUCAAGAAACCUGCUGCUCACUUACAACCUGCGUAAGAGGAUCGUCUUCCGAAAGAUCAGUGAUGUGAAACGAGAGGAGGAGGAGCGACAAAGACGUAAAAAUGAAGCCCCUCUGAACUUGCCACCAGAUCAUCCGGUACGAAAACUCUUCCAGCGCUUUCGACAGCAGAAGGAAGCUCGCCUGGGGUCGGACAAGCCAGAGCUAGAUGAGCAUGACAUCGAGAAGGGAUCGGUGUUCGUGGACAUGCCUAUAGCUAACACAGCCAUUACCACCACCAGCAUUGUCACGGUAACAGAAAGCCCAGCAACACCCUCAUCUUCCACUCCUUCAUCUUCAACACCCCCCAACUGUACGCCUAAAGACAAGGCGAAGCUGCAGGUACCGUCUCCAAUUUCCCUCGUGGGAUGUCGAGUUGCUGCUGAGCCAGUCAAAGUGAAAGGCUGGGGUCGCUUCAAAGAGUCCGUGGCCAAAGCUGACAACUGGAACAAAGUGUCAAAAGCCGAAUCCAUGGAGACUUUGCCUGAACGGACCAAGGGGCACGAAUCACAGAUGUCUCUAAAGAAGACAGACUCAUGUGACAGCGGUAUCACCAAAAGUGACCUGCGAUUGGACAAAGUCGGUGACUUGCGCUUGACCCCGCAGGACCGCAGUCCGGUCCAGCCUCCCGAGACCCGACACCCCUUCUACCCCAUCCCAGAGCAAACGCUUCAGGCUUCACUUCAGGAGCUCAAGCUGGAGCUGAAGGACGACCUCAAGAGCCUAAAUGUUCGAAUGUCUGGGCUGGAGGCGCAACUCACUGAGGCGCUUCAACUCCUCAAAGUGAGGAAAUCAGCUGCUGGAUCUCCGCAGCAUCUCUUUGACAUUUCUAGACCUGCUUCACCUGAACUGGACAAAGAAGACAUCUUCUCUUGAAACAUGGAAGACUCAUCAGGCAACAGUUUACUGUGAACUCAGCUGGAAUCCAGUAAUAUCCAGAUUACUUGGAUAGCUGAGGCUGCACUGGGUGCACCAUUUAGAUUAGGCAACAGUGGUGGUCUUUAAGACUCACCAGCCUUUAUCCCAGGUGUUCCUGUUGGUUAACAAUGGAACAUCACGCUGAGAAGCCGAGGUUGUAGCCCAGAUUUUGGUGUCAAACAGUCAUGGCAUUGAACGCUUGGAGGUUACCUGACAGCCGUAUGUUUGUAUAUAAGCUUGACUUAUUUUUCCAGUGCACUAUAAUGGAAAAAUAUCUCAAGUGGUUUGAUUUUAUCUCAAAUCAAACUCAUAAUAGAGUUUGAGAGCCUCAACAGAAGAACUUAAUUGUAUCUCUGUUGGAAGGCUUCAUUAAAAACAGCAUGACCCACUGGUUUGUUAUUGAAUCAUUUGUAUAAGACUCUUUGCAUGUCACAUAAAAUAGACACGUGCCUCAAA